CAGCAACGAUGAUGCGCUCCGUGAGAAGGUCCAGGAGGCACUCAACGUCUACGACGAGUAUCUCAAGAACCACAGCGGUCCAACAGGUGGUGACGCUGAGGGUGCUGCCCAGCCAAACGGCACUGAAAACCACAACCCAUCGGUUGAGGAGACCAAGGAUGCGGAGGCCUAGAAAGCUGCUCGUCCGGCGUACACAACCGACUGGCGGAAACGUACUCCAUUGUCGUCGAUCGCGCAACCACUUAUGGCUCGCUGAGGCGGAGACUGCAUCGUGCAGCAAUGGAGACUGGCGGAAAUGACUCGAUGUUUCCUUUUUCUUUAUAACAUCCACGGGCCGGGCACUUCACAAGGACGCUGCUGAUGCUGUACCGGAUGGAGGCUGGCGUACGUGCGAUGGACUACUUGCGAUACCCCAUUACUGAGCUCGAGGAUUACCGAUAACCUUUACGAGCUACGCUGUAACUGUCGAUUGUGCUACUACUGCUACUGCAAUUACCAUGAAUGCUUCCUGGCUGCAUCUCAUUCAGUGCAUUUCAUCGUGGGGAGGUGAGGAAAGGACUGGAGAAGAUAUCUGUGGUAGGAUAUGUCAUGUAUGAUUAUCGAGGAGGUAUUGAGUGGUAUGAGCCGAAUUACAUGAUAUGUGGCACGUUCAGGUCAUCUUUUCCAACUUCUUUCCUCGAAUCGCACUUCAGCUUCGAAGUCGAUGCACCUGGAAUUGUCGACAAGUCAAGCACGACCAAGGAUUCUCCAAGGUUGUCGCAUGCGACGCCAAGCCUUUUCAAGAUCAUGCUGACUUUUUCGUCGCCUCAAGGCUAA